GCCCUGUGUAUUUUAUGAAAACAAACAACAUAACCUAAAAAAGUGACGUUUGUCGAAAGUUGUGGUUAAAAUCAAUUUGUAAGUUAAAAAUAUGAGUGUAUUACAGUUUUAUCAAUAUUUAAUACAAAAUUAAAUAAUAUUUUACAAACGAUCUAUGAAAAUUGAUUUUAAAUCAAUCUAAUAAGGGUAAAUAUUAAACUUUUACAAUGGUAGCAUAUAAAUUUAAUUGCCCUGAAUGCAAAUUAUCAUUCAGGGCUGAAACAAGUCUUAACAACCAUAAGAAAAUGUACCAUGAAGUGGUACCCCCAAAAACCUGUUGUUAGAUGUACUUAUUGCGAUAAGAGUUACAGUUCUCAACGUAAUUUGCAACUACAUCUAAGAAUACAUAGAGAAGUAAAUGUGGGUGAUACAAAUAACAUAAAUAGUCUGGUUAUAGUAAAUGAAGUUCAUCAAAGUGAAAGUGAGGAAUCAAAUGUGGCUUUAAACUUAUCGUCCAACAUAGAUAAUAUUAAUAAUUUAAUAGAUGAAAGUAAAGAAGUUGAAAAAGUAUAUGAUGGUUUGAAUGAAUUGUCAAGUGAUAAAACAAAUGAGGGUAAAGAAGAAGAAAUAAAAGAUGAAACGGAACAGGAAGAUAGAGAUUACUUACCUCCAUUGCAUUAUUUUAAAAAAUCAUCUACAAGAUUAAAGAACCCUGCCAAAAAACCCAACAACUCUCUGACAUGCGCAGAAUGCAGCUCGGUAUUCAGCACGCGCUCCAACUUAAAAAAGCACGUCAAAAAAUUCCACCCCGAUCAGAUCAAAGCCUACUUCGUGCCGAGAAAGUUCACGUACACGUGCAAAACGUGCGGACACGGGUUCACGCACAGACGCAACUACAUUUGUCACGCUAGAAAGCACGACUCCAGCGCGUUCGCGGACGAAGUCAUCAAAAGUAAGCACCCGAAAAAAUGCCCGAGGUGCGAUUUUAAGCAUAGCUAUGCGAAAAAAAUGCACGAGCAUUUUAAGGAGGACCACGAUUUUGAGGUUGUUGAGAAGGACUUGGAGUUUAGCUGUGAGAAGGAUUUGUUACAGUGGAGACAUAGUCUUGAAACUAGUACUAACAGUAAGUUUAUUAAGAAAGGGAUCGAUAUUUUUAAAGAACAUACCAACGAGUUGUAUAUUUGUCACCGUUCUGGAGAUUACAUACCGGAAGGUAAAGGUAUAAGAAAUCUAAAAAACCAAGGUAGUCAUAAAAUAAACGCGUUCUGCCCCGCAAGCAUAAAAAUCGUUAAAUAUAAACCUAGUUGUAAAUUUAAAGUCACGUACAUUGACACUCACUUUGGUCAUGAAUUAGACGUUAAACACUUAUACCUAUCACCUCAAGACAAACACCAAAUCGCUCGCCGAAUAGCAAGUAAAGUCCCCUUUAAGGACAUUCUAGAAGAAUUUAAAAAUGCGGAAUCGACAACCUCAAAAAGACUGCAUCUAUUGACAACCAAAGAUUUGUACAACAUAAAAAAAUCCAUGAAUCUAAAAGACCUACCCCUCGACAUAAGCAUAGACGAUACCAGUCUAAACUCAGCUUUAACCGACUUAAAACUCACCACAGGCGAUAGUGUUUUGUUCUACAAACCCAGGGGUACAGACAUCACCGACCAACCGGAGUUGGACAUUAGCGACUUUGUGUUGGUGAUUAUGACGCCGACGCAAUGUAACUUUCUGGAAACCUAUGGUGAAAGUUUUUUGUGCGUCGACAAUUAUAGCUUCAACGACUUCGAAAUAAAUGUGCUUUUGGUGAUCGAUGAUUUUCGAGAGGGGUUUCCGUGUGCCUUUCUGAUUUCCAAUAGGUCGGAUAAAAUUGUUUUGAACAUAUUAUUUACGCAGAUCAAACUGAAAACUGGACCGUUUCAAACCAAGACUUUUAUGUCCGAUUUCGGUGACAAGUACUUUCAAUCUUGGUUGAAGGUGAUGCCCCUACCAGAACACAGAUUAAUCAGUACUUGGCAUUUAGAGAACGCGUGGCUUAAGAAUUUGGAAAAAGAAGAUAUUGGAAAACAGACCGAAUUAAAAAAGCAUCUACAUGCUUUAUUAGAAGAAGAAAACGUAUACAAUUUCGAAAACUUACUCCACCAACUGUGCAAUAUACACUACGACGACGAACCAAACAAAUUCAUUGAUUACUUCAAAGAUAAUUUUUUCAAUAAUUACAAGGAUUGGGCACCAUGCACCAAAGGCAUAGACUAUGGAACAAUCCUUAACCUAAUCAGAUCCCGAAAAACCAUACAACACUUAAUAAAAUUUAAAAAGUUCUAUGAAUUGGACAAAAUGAUAAAGGAAUUCACCAAACAUAUCAACGAUAAAUUAUUCGAUAGGCUUUUGGUAACCGACGAUGAAAAAAUAAUGUCAAAAAUCAAAACCAUCCGACUGCGCCAUAAAGAAAUGCUUAAACUAGACGUAAACACGGUUAAAAUCGUACAUUAUGGUUGGGAAGUACCGUCGAAUAACACAAAGGAAGUUUACUUUAUAAGAGAGAGGAACAUUACAUGUCAUUGCCAGCAGUUCUGCGCUGACUGUCAAACUUGUAUACACAAGUAUUUUUGCACUUGCUUGGACUCCAUGUCAAGGUUUAACAUGUGCAAACAUGUCCAUUUGCUUGUCAAAUACCGGAAGAUGUUCGAACCCUUGCCAAUAAGUGAACCUCUUCCAUGUACAGAACCUGAUCAUGACGAUAAUUACGAAUGCGUGCAAAAUUUGGUUGUGGCGGAAAGACAUCAAGAAGAAACCCCUUUAACUGAAAUAACUUUUGUAAAUAUUAAUAUAGAUGAAGAAAAACAAAAAAUCGUUGAGCAAUUAUUGAAACAUUUGGAAAAUAUUACCUGUGUUAAUAAAUUGGAGGUUGUAAAAAAUAUGGUUGAUUCGAUUCCCGCAGCUGUUGAAGCUGUAGAUCAAAUUGAAUACAGUAGAGGGUUUUCUAUACAAUAGGGUAAUUUUAUUUGUUAAAUAUUUAUUUUGUUAUUUUUUUGAUUUAUUGAUUUUUAACAUAAUAAAAUAAAAUAAUAAAUAAAGUUUUUAUUGCAUAUUCAGUACAAUACAGAACAUAUAAUACAAAAUAUACAAAAGGCCAUCGACCGGGGUCCUUCAGCCUUAA